AGUGACACGACGUCAUCAGAAUGCUGCUCAUCAUCAUCAGCAGCAUCAGCUGUAGAAGAAGAGAAGCGAAAACGAUGGCGAGCGAAUGCCACUUUCAUAGAUCCAACGAGACGAGGCAAUCUGGCUCGCUUCAUCAACCACAGUUGUGAUCCGAAUCUGCGGCUUAUCCCAGUGAGAAUUGGCACACCUCUUGUGCAUAUCGGUCUGUUCGCGUGUCGAACCAUUGAACCACUCGAAGAACUGACCUACGACUACGGUAAAGGGGAAUCGAAUGUGAAUCUGAUUCAACUACCGUGCCACUGUGACAGCAAGAAUUGUCGCCGUUUUCUACCUGCUUCUGCAAGUGCAAUUUCGUGA